AUGGCUGGGGUGGAAAGGUCAAAACUCAAGGUUGGAAAAGCAGCAGAAACACCUAAUCCGGAAAAUGAGACGGUAAAUCCACCCACAGGUGCCAUACUUGAAAACGAGUCGAAGGGUUGUGGCGUCGUGGCAAGUAGCAGCUCUGCUCUAGCUGAUCCUCAACGCCGAGGCCCUGGUCGUCCUAAGAAAAAGUCUCAGACUCCAGGAGCGAGAUCGAAAAAACAUAUUGCGAUAGAAGAAAACAAUUUGGAUUCGGUUAAGAGAUCUCGAGUAUCAAAAGGGGAAGGAACAGAAAUUGCCAAAGCCAGUGAGAAUAUCUCCAAUAGCACUAGCGACAAUAAUACCAGUCAUAACGGCGCUUCUCUCGCCAAAGCGUUGGGGUCUCCCGCCAUUACCCCAACACCUAUCAGUGGAAACCCAGGACUGGUAUUUGAGACUCGCCUCGCCAACUCUCAAAAGGCAAAAUUCAUCUACGCUAACGAUACGCCCUCUUUAUCUCUCUUUUUCGAAAAAGUACGAGAGAAGUUUCAGUUGAAAAAAGAGCAAAAGAUUGACAGUAUCGAGGUGGAGAUCGGUACCAAAGUGUUUGUUGUUGAUUUGGAUGAAGAGAGAGAUUGGAUGUCUGUCAUUGGAGCUGCCGAGAAGACCUGCAAUACAGGAAUUGGGGUAGUAGUUGGGGUUGUAUGA